GAUGGCGCCAUUCACCACCGUCACACCGCACGCCGCCACCACCUUCCUCCUCCUACAUGAUGUCUUUCACUCAGCUCUCGCUCUCUAAUUCGUUCUCAUUCCUCCCAUUUCCAUCUAUUCUGCAACAAAAAUGAGAAAAUGCACUGUGCAGGCAUUGGGACUCGCCAUUGCUUUCUUCCUUUUACUCAUCCUCUUAACCCCGUCCAUUCCUCAGCCUCAGAGAUACCAUGAUUUCGCUGAAAAGCGCGAAUUCUUUGGCCUUCCUAAUGCACCUAACGUGGUAGCAAAUUUCCCAUUCAUGGUUAUUGGUCUCAUUGGCCUUGUGCUUUGCCACCGUAGGAACUAUUUUAACAUCAGUUUGCAAGGUGAACUAUGGGGUUGGACAUGCUUCUAUGUUGCUGUGACUUCAGUUGCUUUUGGGUCUUCAUACUAUCAUCUUGGCCCAGAUGAUGCAGGCCUUGUGUGGGACAGGUUCCCGUUUGUUAUUGGAGAUGUCUGUUGCUUUCGUGUCUCUGUUGGCAAUCCUCAUCAUUGUAAGAGGUUCUUUGGUGACAUCCGUUUAUAUGUUCUGGCCCAAGGUGCAUCAUGCAUUGCCAUACCUCUCAUGGCUACUUUAUUGCCUCCUAUGUACACGCAUUCAACAUAUUGGCUCUGGACUUCAGGAUUUUAUCUUCUAGCUACGCUGCAAGAGGCUGCCGAUAGAGUGAUUUAUAUAUUGACUUUUCACAUUAUUGGCAAAGUCUGCUUAACACGUAAAGCAUUUCCCAGACACUAUGAUCAAAGAAGGCAUUUGAGUUGUGGAAUGAUCUCAGCAAUGUGAUCCUUUCUCUCCCACUGAAGAAAAAAUAGAAAGGUUAAGCUGCCAAGGGAAGUUUAGUGGUGUAUCAUGGAGCAAAAGAAAAAGAAGGUUGGUGGAUGGAGCAAAUCACACCCUAUCAAUUGUGAUACAGUAACAUUCACCUUAAUUAGCUUCUUGUUUGUACAGUCCUGUCCUGAUCUUCAAUUUAUAGCCAGUAUUAAAAUAGAAGAGUAGUCCAAGUAGAUGAAGAAUGGAAUCUUGACUCGUUCAGCACUGUUCUUUGAUUUGUAUGGAAGAACCUUUGGCACCUGCAAAAUAUUUAAGAAUACAAAUUAUAGCUUAAUUAUUUAAAAA